GGGAUGAGCGGCUAAAGUUCGGAAAACCGAUAUAAGGGGAUGGGAUGACAUAAGGGGGGAUGACAUAAGGGGAUGACAUACGGGAUGACAUACGGGAUGACAUAAGCAUGAGCUUCGCUAAAAGUCGGGCUCUUGUGGUCCCCACAGGGGGGGCCCUCGGUUUAUUAUUAAGUCCAAAGGUCUACUUCGCUCUAAAAAGCCGUCUAAUUUCUUACAUCACGAUACGAAGUCCUUCAAAACGGGAAUCUCCUGACGCCGUACCCCACUCAUAGGGUGACCAACUGCCGAGUUUAGUAGCCUGUGGAUCAGGCUAUCCCCCCUGAAGUGCAAAACACUACUGUACGUUCUUCCUUCGAUUUUAGCAAGUCGGGAUUCAACGAAGGCUUGGUACAUUGCUGGUUAAGGAAUGAUGUACAUACGGACUUUAUCCAAUUGGACUCCAAAAGUCUGUACUAUGGUUUUCUUGCGCCUCGGAAGUUGGCACCUAUAUAUUCCCCGCUUCCUUCGUCGACUACUUGACUACCACUUACUUUAUCUACAUUGAUAUACGAGACGUUGACUAGUCUCGACAACAUAAAUAUAAAUACCUUACAAUAUCCUCAUAAACACCCAGUCACAGUAUCAGAGAAACAUCGUACAAGUUUCCUCGACACUUCUUAGUUAAAAAUUGGCUUAGACCAAACCUACACUUACACAAACUACAAUGAGCGACAACUCAACACAACCCCGACCGCUAAGUGUCAUCGUGACCGGCGGCUCGAGCGGGCUCGGAGCCACGAUGACGAAGUACUUUGCUUCUCUGGGUUAUGCCGUCAGUAUUCUUGACGUCAACACCGCCUUGGGCCACAAGGUGGUGACCGACAUAGGAUCAGAGUAUCCGCAAUCAACUAUCAGCUUCAAGCGUGUAGACGUCACAUCAUGGUCAGACCUAGACACAGCAUUUAGGGAGGUCUACCAGCAGCGCGGCGCCGUCGACAUAGUCAUGGCCAACGCUGGUAUCUCGGAACAAGGUGCUAGCAGUCUAACGCUCGUCGACGAGGAGGAGCCGUCGCAGCCAAGACUCAGGACGCUAGACGUUAAUCUAACGGGUGUGAUAUACACUGUUAAACUUGCAGCACACUACAUUAGGAAGAACAAGCCAGAUCCCACAACAGGAUCACGGGGUACCAUCAUCUGCACUUCUUCAAAUGCGGGUCUAUACCCAUUCCCCGUAGCUCCCAUAUAUGCUGCCUCAAAAGCCGGCGUGAUCGGGCUCGUUCGAUCUCUGGCAAGGGUUCUCGAACGCGUCAACAUUCGCAUCAACGCAUUAGCACCCGCAGUCCUCGAAAGCGGUAUCGCUCCAUCUAAAGCCUUAUUCGAGGAAAUGAUCGUCACGCCACAGGAGACACUCAUCAAGGGCAUCGCGCAGCUCACCGGGGACCCCAAGAUCAACGGUUCCGUAGCUGAGAUCCACGGCAACAGCGUGACGCUGCGCCCGCCACACGAGUACGUGGACGAGGCUACGCACUCUAACCUUGAGACUUUCUGGAAACUCGGCGUUGCUUGAGGCGGUGAUUUUAUUCCUUUGCUAGAGUCUCUUAGAGAAUAGAAGCGGGGACGGUUGGUAAUUUUCGGCUACUAUGGAACCGCUAUGUGUUAGGCAUUUUCGGGAGUAGAGAAAAGGUACUAGGCUUGGAUUCGUGGGUGAUGCAUAAUGUAAGGCUAUUGAGGCCUGUUUAUGAGGCCUGUUUAAUGACUACUACCAGAAGCAUUUUCAAAGCAAGCUGUACUGUCAAUGUGUGCUCCUUCUAUCUGGCUAUACAGCAGUUUCUUAUGUCUACCUCAUAAUCUCGAAUGGCUAUCCCCCCCUUAAUUAAGCGCCUAUGCGCCCCUUUCCCAAGCGUAGCAUACCGAAGACGACUCACAGCACCAGUUAGUCUACUCCACACUUGGGUACUACCAAAUAGAUGGCUAUGGAAUAUAUAACAGUCACGAAUUCCUCAAAAAGGCAUCAAAACAACUUUGCCUCAAAUGAAUCUAAGUCGCAAAAGUCCCAGGACAGAAGCAAGAGGAUUCCUUUUCACAGUAGAUGAAGCGAGUCCAUUCGAUAUUGGUCACGGCCUAGUAAUUACCUUAUACAAAGGAGCCAGGUUUUAGCAAUGAG